GUUAUUAUUAUGGGAAGACUCGAAGGAAAGACUGUUUUCAUUACUGGUGCUUCUGCUGGUAUUGGUGAAGCAACUGCCCGUCAAUUUGCUGACGAAGGUUGCAAUUUAAUUAUUACUGCUCGUCGUUUAGAAAAAUUAGACAAACUCAAGUCCGAGUUGUCUCAAUCUCAUCCCAAGAUCUAUGUUCAUGCUGUUCAACUCGAUGUGCGUAACAAGAACGAGAUCGAUAAGGUUGUUGCUGAGUUGCCUUCUGAGGUAAAGGACGUCGAUGUCUUGAUUAAUAAUGCCGGUAUGGUUAUUGGUGUUGAUCCUCUUAUUGAAGUUGAAGAGGAAGUCGUGGAUCAAAUGUUGGCUACUAACAUCAAGGGCCUUGUGUUCUUAACAAAGGCUAUUGUGCCUCGUAUGAAAGAGCGUGGUACAGGCCAUGUCAUCAACCUUGGCUCUAUUGCUGGUAAACAAGCCUAUGCUGGAGGAAGUAUCUAUUGUGCUACUAAGUUUGCUGUGGAUGCUAUUACUAAGUCUUUGGCUAUUGAAUUGGUUGACACUCCUGUUCGUGUCAGUCAAAUCUGUCCUGGUUUAGUCAACACGGAAUUCUCCACUGUCCGUUUCCGUGGUGACAAGGAUAUGGCCGAUAAUGUUUACAAGGGCAUUCAACCUCUUGUUGCUGACGAUAUUGCUGAACUCAUUGUGUUUACCGCUGGUCGUCCUCCUCACGUUAACAUUCAAGAUAUGUUGGUUUUCCCUACAAACCAAGCGGAUUCCAAGACUGUUUAUCGUCGUCCUGAAUAAAAUAUGUUUAUUACAGUU